AUGUCAUAUCCAGGAAGUGGCGAACAUGUGCUACUAACGGGCGCAAACGGAUUCGUGGCCUCCCACAUCCUGGCUAUCUUGCUUGAGCGUGGAUACGCCGUGACUGCCACCGUGCGCUCCCAGAAAAAGGCGGACGAUAUUAUCAAAACCCACCCGUCGUGGAAAGGCAAGAUCGACUUUGUAAUUGUGUCGGAUUUCACCUCCCAGGGGCCAUUCAAUGCGCUGUUCGAGGACAUAAAAGUCCCUUUUGGUUAUAUUAUCCAUACUGCGUCUCCGCUGAACUUCAAUGUCAAGGAUAUUCAGAAGGAGAUGAUCGAGCCUGCCGUGAUGGGAACGACGCAAAUUCUCGAGAGUGCCCACCGCCACGGAGGAACAGCACUCAAACGGUUCGUCCUGCUAGGGAGUGCAGUAUCUGUCCUCAACUCCUUCGAGGACAUGAGUCGCGAAGGACGCCCUUACACUGAACAGGACUGGAACCCGGUCACCGCGACACAAGCCAUCGAGCGACAGGACACCGUCCUAGGCUACAACGUCUCCAAGACGCAAGCCGAAGACGCAGCGUGGAAGUUCAUGAAGACGAACAAGCCCGCCUUCGACCUGGCCGUGAUCAAUCCAGACAUCAUCACGGGUCCUAUGAUCCAUCCAAUCUCCGGUCCCGGCUCCAUUAACGAGACUAAUCAUUUCGCGAUCGCGAGCUUCAUCGACGGGACCAACCCGAAAGUCGAGGAUGUGCGAUUUCCGUUCUAUCAUUUUGUCGAUGUUCGCGACGUCGCGCGAAGCCAUGUUGAUGCCUUGAACAACCCUGCUGCUGGGAGCAAGCGGAUCUUGCUCAUCUCUGGCUUAAUCACGCCGCAGCUAGUCGUUAACAUUAUUCGAAAGCAUUUCCUGGCACUGAAGGAAAGGGUUCCGGAGGGUAAGCCCGAGCAGGUUCUACCGGAUGGUGUGCAUCCGACGGGUUGGGAUAUGCGGGUUAGCUUGGAUGUCUUGUCGAAGGGAACAAGCGAGGGCCGGUGGGAGUAUAUUGACUUGGAGAAAAGUGUGACGGAUGCGGUGCAGAGUAUGAUUGACCAUAACGUUGUAUAA